AUGAACUCUUACCAAGAAAAAAAAAAAACUCUAGCACAUGCUCAAACUGAUAUGUAUUGCUAGAGUGACUCCACACAUGUCUUAUCAGGUGAUAAGAGGACACUGGAAGAAGGGGAGGAUCAGAGAAGACAGGAUCAAACACCCUUUUUGCACAAUGCAGAGGAAUAACCCCUUAGUUUGCAGAAUGAGUAUAACAAGCAUGCUUUACUGCCAGGGGCGGACUGACCAUUUGGAAACUCGGGCACUGCCCGAGGGCCCGGGGUCAGUAGGGGGCCCCAUGAGAUGCCCCUGGUACCUU